CACUUCUAACCUCACUUGUUUGUUAUUGUAAUUUUUCCGGUUGUGUAUAUUAGCAGAAACAUGUCAAACUCAUUAGUUGACAGAAGAGAAAAUGCCCAUGAAGAAAGUAUUUGGAGCUGCGCUUGGGGCCGAUAUGUGCCCGACAAAAGGCAGGACGAUCAAGACGAUGACGACGACGACAAAUCUAGAGAUUCAAAUAUGUCAGACGAUGGUCCUGUUGAAUAUAUUGUAACAGGUGGUCUGGAUGAUCUCGUCAAAGUUUGGGAACUGCAAGAUGAUACUUUACAUUUGAAAUCAAAAUUAGAAGGACAUUCUCUAGGAGUUGUGUCUGUGGCUAUUAGUCAUGGAGGAAAUUUGUGUGCUUCAAGCUCCUUAGAUUCAAGUAUGAGAAUAUGGGACCUUGAAAAGGGAGAGAAAAUUGCAAAUGUAGAUGUAGGACCUGUAGAUUUGUGGACAGUUGCUUUCAGUCCUGAUGACAAACAUGUUAUAUCAGGCUCUUAUAAUGGAAAGAUUACUCAGUAUAGCACAGAAACUGCUAAACCAGAGCAGAGUUUUGAAAGCAGUGGAAAAUUUACAGUUAGCAUUGCAUAUAGUCCUGAUGGAAAAUAUAUUGCUAGUGGAGCUAUUGAUGGAAUUAUUAAAAUAUUUGAUGUACAAACAAGUAAACUUUGCCACACAUUGGAAGGUCACGCAAUGCCUAUAAGAUCUCUGUGUUUUUCACCAGAUUCUCAGCUUUUGUUAACAGCAUCUGAUGAUGGUCAUAUGAAAUUGUAUGAUGUGCAAAAUACAGAUGUAGAUGUAGUUGGUACAUUAUCGGGACAUGCGUCAUGGGUUUUAAGUGUUGCAUUUUCACCUGAUGGUACUCAUUUUGUAUCAGGUAGUGCUGACACAACUGUUAAAGUCUGGGAACUGGCAUCAAGACAAUGUGUGGAAACUUUCAAUAAACACACUGAUCAAGUUUGGGGUGUGAAAUUUAGUCCAGAUAGUAGCAAAAUUAUUUCAGUAUCAGAAGACAAAAGCAUUAACGUCUACAAUGCCAGGUCUUGAUACGUUUUAAUAUUGUUGGAAUUACACACAAUAGAUAUUUUUAAGUAACGUUUUUUCCUUUUUUUACAAGAAAUUGUAAAAAAUUAUAAACUUCUACAAAUAGAGUAAUUUUGAUUGAGAACAUCCAAUCUUAAUUGUUUGAUACAAUUUGACUGUAACUGUGAAAGUUAUACAUAGAAUAAAUUGUUUCCAAUAAGUAUUCUUCACUUCUGGUAACUGUGGUUACUUCAGUGGUGUUUUUCACACAUGUAGUUUUGUAAAUUGUAUUGACUUAUUUAAUAAAAUUUAAUUUAUAA